AUGACUUUGACACCCCGCACCGACCGUCCCAUCGCCAUCAUCGGUGGCGGUGUCCUUGGCCGCCGAAUCGGUACCGCCUUCGUCGCAGCAGGCUACAACGUGCACAUCCGGGACCCAUCGCAGGAAGCCCUUCAAGAAUGCGCCGAGUUCAUCGACUCACACAAAGAGCAAUUCCGCCUGAUGCCACGGAUCAGUAAAGAGCGUCAAGAUCCCACCGGCGCCGCCGGGACCUCCAAGACAACUACCGAGAUCACCAAGGUCGAACAGGAAGCGUUCGCGAAUGUGCCUUUUGGAAGAUACAGCUCUUUUUCGGAGAUUGGCCCGGCUGUGAGUAACGCUUGGUUGAUUAUUGAGGCUGUGCCAGAGAAGUUGGACUUGAAGAUGGAGGUCCUAGCGGAGCUUGAUGCUAAGGCGCCGGAGGAUUGUAUUAUUGGGUCCAAUAGCUCGAGUUUUAAGUCGAGUCUGUUAGUUGGGAAGGUUUCGGUGCAGAGGAGGAAGAGGACGCUUAGUGUGCAUUUCUGUAUGCCACCGACUAUCAGAACCGUGGAGUUAAUGACUUGUGGGGAGACGAACAGCGAAAUUUUGCUGUACUUGAAGGAUAUAUUAGGGGAGUGUGGGUUGAUACCGGUGAUCGCGAGAAGAGAAAGCACUGGGUUCAUCUUCAAUCGGCUCUGGGCUGCUAUCAAGCGUGAGAUCAUGCAAAUCCUCUGCGAGGGUGUCAGUGACCCGAGCGAAAUUGAUAUGUUGUGGGAACAUAUGUUCAAGAAUGGGCCAUUGCCAUGUCAGCUUAUGGACCAGGUUGGACUGGAUACCGUGGCAUAUAUCGAAGACAACUAUGUCCAAGAGCGUGGAUUGCCAACUGAAAAGACGGUCGACUGGCUGCGCAAAGAGUACGUCGACCAAGGCCGAUUCGGCAAGAAAAGUGACAAGGGCGGCCUGUACCCGCCUCUUGAAAAGUCUCAAAGUGCAGAAACCACGCCUGCGCGUCCACACUCCUCGGCAAAAGACAUAUAUAUGCUGGACGUGGGACUCGGCUGCAACUCUAAAGACAUCACGCAGGUUCAUUCGAACGGCAAAAUUUUGCGUCUGGAUCUAGCGACGCAGAAGUUGACUCCCGUCAUCGUGGACCAGAAUCUCCCAGACGGCAUCGAUAUAUCACUCUCCAAGCGACGCAUCUUCUGGACGAACAUGGGCCACAGCACCGCCGCACACGAUGGUUCGGUUUGGACUGCGGAAAUGGAUGGCAGCGGGGUCAGAUGUCUAAUUCCCUCUGGCGACGUGCACACACCGAAGCAAAUUUCCGCCAUCGAUUCACGACAGCAGCUUUAUUUCUGCGAUCGGGAAGGUAUGGGCGUGCAUCGCUGUAACUACGACGGCAGUGACCACAUCUGCCUUGUACAGCGAUGCGUGGAGCCUGGGAUGUCUCUUCUGGACCAGAUGACGCUAUGGUGUGUCGGAAUUGCUGUUGACGACGACCGUGGCUUGAUGUACUGGACACAGAAGGGCCCCAGCAAAGGUGGCCGUGGCCGGAUCUUUGUUGCUGGGUUAGAAAUCCCAUAUGGUGAAACGGCCGAGAAUCGCUCUGAUAUCAAAUUGUUAUUUGAUGACCUGCCUGAGCCUAUCGACAUUGAGAUCGAUUCUUCGACCCAGACCUUGUACUGGACAGAUCGUGGUGAGCAUCCGACGGGAUGUGCGCUUUACAAAGCAUGUGUUGGAGAGGAGAGCGUUGAUCUCCAAAAGGUUAUACUGGCGAGGCAUUUCCACGAGCCGAUUGGAUUAAAAUUGGACAAAGUGAACAACACCAUUUAUGUGACGGACUUGGGGGGUAGUUUGUAUUCCGUUUCCCUGAAUGAUGGAACCAAGGUUGAGUUAGUGCGCGAUGAUGGGUGCUACACGGGGUUGUCUCUGGUUUGA